AUGAAGAAUCUCAGUCGACGCUGCCUUCUUACACUGGACGGAUGUUCUGUCGUCGCGAUCCAAUAUGAUGCUCAUUUUUGGCAGCUGUGCAUCCUACAGCCAUCGGAAGAUUUCGAUAAACGAUUCCAAUACGAAUUACCCAAGGAUAAGGCCAGUGCAUGGCGGAAAAUGAUGGCGAUCACUACGAAGUACUGGCGGCCAUUCACGUCACCGCACAACCUCGCUUCCACUAUCGUCUCCUUUAUGCCGAUUCUCCAUUGGCUCCCAAAAUAUAAAAUCAAAUCCAAUCUGCUGCAUGACAUCAUUGGAGGACUGACUGUGGGAAUUAUGCACGUUCCACAAGGAACUUUUGCAGUUGUUGCGCUUAUGACUGGUAAAGCUGUACACAGAAUCACUGCUGUGGACUCCCUUUCCAGCGACCAUCUAACAAAUCUGACAGCCUCUGCCAUAGAACACACGCCGAUUCAAAUCACCUCGACUCUCACCGUACUUAUCGGUCUCAUACAGGUACUAACAGCCUUUCUUGGACUCAACUUCGUCACCACGUACUUCUCCGACGAACUUGUCGGCGGCUUCACAACCGGAGCGUCGACCCAUGUUUUCGUCACUCAACUCAAGGAUGUGUUGGGAAUCAGUGGUCUACCACGUCGUUAUGGGUUGGCGAACCUCUUCCUGGCCAUCACUGAAGAUUUCAACGCCAAGAUUGGACCAAGAAGAACGUCUGAAGAACGUCACAUAAGGAUCAAAGGAUUCGAAUGGAACGAGCACGGUGCUCAUGGUAACUCGCAAUUCCAGAGGCCCUUCAGCGGUGGAUAUGGGAAUCUCCCAGUGGUUAUCCUUGGAACGAUCAUUUCUUCCUUAGCACAUCUAAAUGUUAAUUUUAAUGUGGCAGUUGUUGGACGGUUACCAAUUGGCCUGCCGGAGCCUGCUCUUCCUCACUUUGAACUUUUCCCUUCGUUGUUUGUUGAUGCACUGUCGAUUUCUGUCGUGACAAUGGCUAUUCAUGUUUCGCUGGCGAAGAUAUUCGCCAAGAAAUACCAGUACGAAGUCAACACUAAUCAGGAAUUCUAUGCGGUGGGUUUCACAUCGGUGUUAAGCGGAUUUUUCCCAAUAUUUCCGCCUUCUUGCAGUCUUUCUCGAUCGAUGGUUAGUGCUGGUGCCGGUGCUAAAUCGCAGGUAGCUCUUCUGUUUUAA